AAAAUGCCCGCCCAAAUCAAGCCGGAUUCGGCUCAGAAUUUGUUCGAUUAUAAUUAACUCUAAGAGCUACAAUUUGAUACUAAUGGCACUGGGUCAAAUUGCGGCAAAAGCCCAAGGCGCGAGGUUGAGGCCUCAAGCCGCUGAAAAUUCGCUCCCGCGAGGCGCGCUGAACGGAUCAAGUUACCGUUUUGCAAGUUUCGCCAGCAUGGAGGAAUUAGCUAAGGCAGCUCAGAAAAUCCUUCUCCGCGCUGAAGAUAGCAAUAACUCAUACCGCCUUGAUAAUGACACACAGUCAUUCAUCCAGGCCGUUAAGAGUUACGCGGAAAAGGCCCGUGGGGGCGACAACAACGCGAGCGCGUUAGCGGAUCUGAAAAAGGCUCUUCACGAUAUCCGCCAAGAAACCACUCAAAUCCGUGAGGAAUUGAGCAAAUCCAAUAGCAACACCACUGGGAUCUCGCAGCCCGAUUCCGCCUUCUUUUGGAAAAGCCUCCGAGCACGAGAGUGGCAGACGGGCCUACGCAGCGCGGCCUCACCUUUGUCCCAAAGUGCAGGCUCGUCGACCCCUGGGGUGACUGACCCAGGCAGAACUAGGGUCUGAUUGUGAAAUUGUGGUAAAGAUACGGGAUGCAGCGAUACGCAAGGAACUCCGUCAAAGUAAGCCAAUUGAUAUUGUGAAAAAAGCCGAACGAGCGAGAGUGCAGGCAGCGAAAAAAAUACAAAUCCUCACUCUCGCUGGCCACUGCUUUAUUGCCGCACGCCAGCUACCCU